UUGAUAUCUUUAGAGCCGCAGCGUUAAACUUUAUUGUGAUAGAGUUAUAAUCCCCGCGUUACCGUUUUGAUCACUGUUCAUCUUUAUGUUAGUAAUUGGAGGAAUGCGCAGUUACAGAAGAUACUUGAGGGACAGACUCCAUUUUUACUCCUGCACGACAUUUAUGAUAUUAAACCGGUUGGAUUAACAAUAAGUCUCUUCGCGCUUGUUAACUGCAUGCAAUGGAAGCAGGUUUCCUUAUGAUACCGAAAUGCGAAACAUUUGGCACCACGUGUACAUAUCGUUAUAGCACCCAUGACGAUUUCAUUGGAAAAGGUUCUUACGGCAGCGUAUUCAAGGCAACGGUUACAGAUGGCGGAAACUACACAGGGGAGGAUUCAGUGGCAGUUAAGGUAGUGCACUUGGAAUCAACAAUGGAAAAUCUGGUAAACCCCAAAAAUUACACACAAGCGCGGAAUAGAUUGAGAUCGUUAGUGAAUCUAAGGCACGAGCACUUGGUUGCUUAUCAUAAAGUGACUAUCAUCAGAGCGGUCGGAGGAGUCACGGUCGAGCUAAUGAUGGAGUACCAUGAUGGUGAUCUGGCAGCUCUUUUAUACCAGUUACGGCAAAGUCAAAGUCUGCUUGAUCAGAAAACAGCUAUUCUGUAUGCCAUCGAAAUCACUAAAGGAGUGGAGUUCCUUCACCAGAAUAACAUCAUUCACGGAGACCUGAAACCAGGCAAUGUGCUGAUCAAGCGCACUAACUCCGGCCAAAAAAGACUGCUAAUUGGCGAUUUGGAUGAUUUGGUAGAAAUGCAGCGAGACAUGACCUGUACAAACGAUAUUACACAUCUUCGUGGCACGAUCCGUUAUAUGUCGCCCGAAAUGCUUCAGAGGUUCGCCACGUUACGCAAUGAAAAACCGGGACAGGAAGCUCAGGGGCUAAAACCGAUUUGUGGAGCGUUGGAUGUAUUGUCCUAGAAAUGGGAAACUGUGUCACAAGAUCAAAUGAUGAACUUGUGCUGUUGGGUCCAGAAGGAAAGCUUGAGAAAACAAGUGAACUCUCUAACGCUGGGUUCGUUACACUGAUGAUCGCUGGUUACGUUCCCGUAAUUCCCGACGCACUCCCGGCAGAUUUGGCCGCAUGUAUUCGCCGCUGUUUGUGUGCAAAAAGUGAGAACAGGGCAACCGCUCAGGAGCUAGAGGGAGUACUGCGACAAGUGCAAAGUUUGGUCGAGAAAGAUCCAAAACUCAUAGAUUACGUUUUUUUGUUUUACGACACCGAAGCGGCAACAAGGAAACCGUCCAAAAUGUCUGUUCAGCAGAUGGAUGCCUACAAUAAUACUGUGGAGGACUUUCCUGUGCCUGUAGAGCUUCAAACCAAACGAUUUUCCAACGAGUUCCUUAUAGCGAACAAUGGAAUCGCUUGCAGAAUUUGGGACCCUAAGGAGAAAAGCGCGGAUCGGCGAACGAUUACCUGGAAUGUGGUGGAAAAAACUUGGCGUUACAUUAUGCUUCCCAGUGUAUCAGUUCGCGAGCAUACUGCAUUGGCUAUACAGGACAAAGUGUAUUACAUCGACAAUAUGGACAACGACUUCAAAGUUUUAAGUGUCACAGAUGGAAAAGUGGUCGUGUUACCGAAGCUACCCAUGACAUCUGCGAUAGUAUGGGAGGAGUAUGUAUACCAGUUUCUCAGUUUGUCCCCUGCUGGAUUCUGAUUGCAAUGUGUAUGUUCGCUGUUGCAGGAUUGGGCAAGUCGUGUGUGGAGUACAAACCGGUCUCCGGAUAAUUUACAUCGGGAUAAACAUUUUCCUCAAGCAGGGAAUUCCGCUUUCGGUAUGCGUUGAGAGCUUUAGCACGGUAAACCAGGAGUGGCAGAGGUUCCCGGUGUGGCCCGAAUCCAGGUGGUCCUUUGCGGCGGUUGCACUGGACGAGUGCGUAUACGUUUUGGGAGGCGAAACCCUCGGUCACGGAGCGAUGGACUCGUGUGUACGCUUAAAUAUGCGAACGCGUACUUGGGAGAAGAGACGCUCCAUGCCAAAAGCCCGGAUGAAGCAUUGCGCAUUUGUAAUAAACAAACGCAUUUACAUCAUUGGCGGAUGGUCAGAUAAAAACAAAUAUGUGUCGCGAAUCGUGGAUAUCUAUGAUCCUGAAAGGAAUUCAUGGGAAAAGGUCGCUUUCCGGGCUGAUAAUAGUACAUGUGAGCCAGUUUAUCAGAAAUUUGCCGAGCCUUGUGCUGUUUUAGUUACUUCUCCGAAUUUAUAGCACAGUUGUUCGAUGUCUUGGAGACAUGCAUACUUUGGUGCUUUGUUGUUAUGUGGGAUU